CCAGCGACUCCCAAAACCCUCGUCAAUCUCCCAAACAGCAGCAGCUGCAGCAGCAGCCAUAUCCAUCUUCUCUCUCUCUCUCUUCACCUUCGUUUCGAAUCAAGAGAAAACACAAUGGUGAGUCAAAGGCAAAGAUUGGCGAAAAAACAAUUCAAACAAGCGAACCCGGAUCUUUUUCCGGCGCCGGAGCCAACGCCGCCGAAGGACCCGAGCAAGAAGAAACACAAGCAGAAAAGCAAAUUCAAGCGCAAGAAAUCUGGACCAACCGAUCCAAACAAGCCCAAGAAACCUUCACACAGUAAACACCCACUUCGAGUUUCCGGGAUGAUGCCUGGUCAGAGCUGUUUUAUAUGCACAGCGCCUGACCAUAUUGCUAAGAAUUGCCCCAUGAAAUCCGAGUGGGAAAGAAACAAGAUCUGUUUGUCUUGUCGAAGACGCGGCCACAGCCUUAAGAACUGUCCCGAAAAUAACGAGCAACCAACGGAUAAACGAUUGUGUUAUAAUUGUGGAGGAAUGGGGCAUUCCUUGGAUAAAUGCCCGCAACCUCUUCAAGAUGGAGGAACGAAAUACGCAAAUUGCUUUAUAUGUAAUGAAAUUGGGCACUUGAGUAAAGAUUGUCCCAAGAAUACCCACGGAAUUUAUCCAAAGGGCGGGUGUUGUAACAUAUGUGGUGGUAUAACGCAUCUGGCUAGAGAUUGCCCUAAUAAACGCGGCAAAAUCUACGAUUCAGCAGCUAUGGUUGGUCAAUCAUUUGACGGUUACCAAAGGCCGAAUAAGGUUACGAAGCUUGGUGGGGAUGACAUCGAAGAUGAUUUUGCUGAGAAUAUUGGUGAUGUCAUCAAACCGGCUGCAUCUAUAGUUGAUGAACUAAAUAAAGAUGCUGCUGCUGCAAAGACCAAGAUUAAACAUGCUCCUAAAGUCGUUAAUUUUAUGUCUAAAAUUCAUGUCGAAAUUUUGUUCCCCUGGUAUGUUUGUGGCAUGCAGGCGAAUUCAGGAUCUGGAAUGGCAGUGGAUGAUGAGUGUAAACUCAAAUUCCUCGAUUUGAAAGCAAAGAGAAACUACCGUUUCAUAGUAUUCAAAAUCGAGGGUCAAAAGGUGGUUGUGGAGAAACUUGGUCAACCUGAUGAAUCUUACGAAAAUUUCACAGCCUCUCUCCCUUCCGACGAAUGCCGUUAUGCCGUCUUUGAUUUCGAUUUCAUCACCAAUGAGAAUUGCCAGAAGAGCAAGAUCUACUUCAUUGCUUGGUCACCAGAGGUAUCAACGGUGAGGAUGAAGAUGGUGUACGCCAGCUCGAAGGACAGAUUCAAGAGGGAAUUGGAUGGGAUUCAAGUCGAACUGCAGGCAACUGACCCCAGCGAAAUGAGUCUCGACAUCAUAAAAGCGCGUGCAUACUGAAGAAAACACGCUUUUCCGUACACUUGCUCCACUCCACCACCCCUCAAGUUUUACGUUUUCACACUUUAUAUUGUCUCGUCUUGUAUCUCUAUCUGUGUAUGUAUUGAUGCAUUUGUAGUAGCUCUUAUUAUUUAGUUGACUGUAAUACUGUGCAUUAUUCUGCGAUCAUGUAUAUCGACAGUGUUCCUGUAUUUACCAGAUCAACAAAUAAGUCUCAUCUUUGAUUUUAA